AUAUAAUUUAUAACUUUAUAUAAUGGUGGAUAUGCUUGCCACCCCCCCACCCCCUAGUAACCCAACUUCGGAAACACGGAGUGGAAAAUGACUGUUCUGAAUAUUUGUUUCUCUUCGUUUCCCAGUUAUGAUUAAUGGAAAAUAUUGCUGUCCAAAGAUAUAUUUCAACCACCGUUGCUUCUCAGGGCCAUAUCUUAACAAAGGAAGAAUCGCUGAGCUGCCUCAAUGUGUAGGACCUGGGAACUGUGUUCUGGUCCUUAGAGAGGUCCUCACUUUACUUAUCAAUGCAGCCUAUAAACCCAGUCGUGUCCUUCGGGAGCUGCAACUGGACAAAGACUCCGUGUGGCAUGGAUGUGGGGAGGUCCUGAAAGCCAAAUACAAAGGAAAGAGUUACCGGGCUACUGUUGAGGUAGUGAAGACAGCAGAUCGCGUCACUGAGUUCUGCCGGCAAACCUGCAUCAAACUGGAGUGCUGUCCUAAUCUCUUUGGCCCGAGGAUGGUUCUGGACAAGUGCUCGGAGAACUGCUCUGUGCUUACAAAGACCAAAUACACACACUAUUAUGGAAAGAAGAAAAAUAAAAGAAUUGGGAGGCCACCUGGUGGGCAUAGCAACUUAGCAUGUGCCCUGAAAAAAGCCAGUAAGAGGAGGAAGAGGCGGAAAAAUGUCUUUGUCCAUAAGAAGAAACGCUCCUCGGCAUCUGUUGAUAACACUCCAGCAGGCUCGCCCCAGGGAAGUGGGGGUGAAGAUGAGGAUGACCCAGAUGAAGGGGAUGACGAUUCCCUGAGUGAGGGCAGUACAUCUGAGCAACAGGACGAGCUACAGGAAGAGUCAGAAAUGUCAGAGAAAAAGUCGUGCUCUUCCUCUCCCACCCAAAGUGAGAUCUCUACAUCGCUGCCUCCAGACAGACAACGGAGAAAAAGAGAGCUUCGCACUUUUUCGUUUUCUGAUGAUGAGAAUAAACCUCCUUCACCAAAGGAAAUCAGGAUUGAAGUCGCUGAGAGGCUCCAUCUGGACAGUAACCCCCUCAAGUGGAGUGUGGCGGACGUUGUCCGGUUCAUCAGAUCCACCGACUGUGCUCCGUUAGCGAGGAUAUUUCUAGACCAGGAAAUUGACGGGCAGGCCCUGUUGCUCCUUACCCUUCCCACUGUUCAGGAGUGCAUGGACUUAAAAUUGGGCCCUGCCAUCAAACUCUGCCACCACAUAGAAAGGAUCAAGUUUGCUUUCUAUGAGCAGUUUGCCAACUGAGAAGGACAACCGAAGUGCGCUGUGUCUUCGAAGCACAAAUGCAGCAAAUCCUUCUCACUGCUCUACGCGCGGAGCUGAGUCAGCCCUGGGGCUCCGGGCCCUGCAGGGGUCGGCUUGCUCUCUUUGCACUUUCAGGGAAGGAGGACCCACACUGAGGAAGCAAAAACUGCACAGAAGUGGCUCUCCUGCCAGUGGAAAUGUGGACAUCUCUUGGUCAGCAGAUUGCAGUUUUAAAAAAAAAGAAGAGUUGUGAAGAAAAGACUCACGUAAGAAGCAGCAGCAUUUCCAGUGGUGUGGCCUGAAAACGAAGAAUAAUGUAGGCUGCUGGAAAGCACCCUUAUGGUUGUUUUCUUUUGGUUCUGUUCCUUCCCAUUGUAGAUUGAACUCUGUUCUCUGCUUUCUCUUUCUUGGAAAGAGAGGACAUAGCUUUAAGUCAGCACUGAUUUGGGACUGUGCCUAAGGCACAUCAGUGCUCCAUUGUCAUUGUGUUUUUAAGCUUUUUUAAAUUAAAACAGUUCAUUUCGGGGAUGAUGACGUGGCUCUAGGGUUUUGAAUGUACAGUCACACUUUGAUCCAUUUUAAAAUCUAUUCUUAGGAGUUCCUUUGUUUACUACCUCUGUUGAUGAUUGAGCUUACAGCCAUGUAUAAGGUUUUUUUGUAUGAUGCCGUUUUUAAGCUACAUGAACACUAAAACUAUGAUAGAAGCUGGAGAAAAAACAAAACAAAACACUGUUUGCUCUCUUAAAAAUACCAUGUGAGCACUUAUACCAGUUCCUGGCCUGAUCUGAGAACCCUGCUACAUGGUUUCCUGCCUGGACCCAGUGUGGGCUCCCUGUUAGGUGGUCUCUCAAAGAUUGUGGGUAUUUCUGUUGAGUUGCUCUCUCCCCAUCAGUCCUCAGGGGGACUUCAGUGGCUCUUAUUUUAUGUUUACUUUCCUCUAUAGCUGUCUGUUUCAUUUCGAGAGUCCUCACUUUGGGUGAAAAUCAGUAGGUAUUCCUUGGACCCACAGGAAAACCCAUUUCCCUUUCUUUCUCGGUGUCUCCAGGCAGAGAGUGUAGAAGCACAACAGAGAAAACAUUUUGGGGGGUGAUGCAGAGCAUGGAGUUUCUGUAACAGUGUGUCCUCAUGUCCUCAGUGGCCGCAUAAAGAUUGAGAGGUGGUUAAGGAUUCUGGAAACCUCUUUGCCAAGUCACAUUUACAUGUCCUCUUAGUGAAACCUUUAAAUUGAAUGUAAUCUACAGGCUGAGAAUUCCCACUCAACGGCUCAACAACUUGGUUUUCUUUUAGGUGUUUCUUUUGGCCCAGUUCAAGCUGACAUGAAACUACAGGGAAAUUUUCAUUUAGGAUUGCACUGCUAGCAACUAUAGAAUAAUAGCAUUUGCUGUGCUGUUCCAGCCGGGAGGAAUGAGGAAAGGUGCACACAUAGAUUGCUUCCUUUAAAUGGUUUGCAUUGCUGAGUGUUUUGGGGUUGGUUUUUUUUUUUUUAAUUAUCCUAGUUACCUCCAAAUUUAUAACUUAAUCACUCAUCUUCAAGAUUUUAAAAUGUUUUAAAACUACAAACUUGGUGAAUUCUAAACAUCUAUACAAAUAUAAUACUACAAAUUUAAACUAUUGAUUUUUCCCUUUUCUUCAGAACCCUCUCCUGCUCCCAACAGUUUAUGGACCUUGGCAGACAUUCUGUAGUCUGCACCCUUUCUUCACUGGAUUAUUUAUGAACCACCUUAAUUCAAGCCCUCCAACCAAACCAUAUAUUAAAGCAUCAAUUCUUUGCUUAGGUAACCACCAGAUAGACCUGGAAAGAAGCUUCAUUUAAGUAAAAGUUAAUAUGUUUCAACUUACUCAGAGAUCCAGUUUUUAAAAAUGUCAUUCUAUGCCUAUGGAAGAGAAGCAUAUAUAAGAUGCUUGGGAACAAUUAGUGUUAAGUACAUGGUCUUGGGGCAGGGGGUGCGUAACUUACACAAUUAAAGUUCCUGAGACCUCAGCAGUUAAGGCACUGAGGCAAAGGGAGUUCCUUGAAGAAGAUCAAUGUUUGUUUUAUUUAGGGAAAUGAGAUUUACUUCCUAUGAAAGAGAAUUGACCAAGUGCAACAGUGAAUACGUUAAGUUGUCUCUCUUUCGCCUUCUCCAAAACCAUACAUAGGUAAAGGGGGCAGAGCCCCUGGAAAGGUGAAACUCACGGCCCUGAGUAGUCUUGGAUCUGGAUAUAGUCAGGGCUCAGCUGGCUCCUCUGUGUACCGUGAUUAUUCAAGCUCAGCUUUCUCUUAGAGAGAAGCCAACUCUAAGUUGGGUUUCCCUUAAUAGUUCUUGCAUUCUCAUGGUGAGAUACAGUUUCUCAGGCAACUGCAUUAAAUAAUUAUAUACCCCCACCCCCCACUCCCAGGUAUUAAAUAAGAGAAGGUAAUUGUUUGGGAAUUUGGCAUAGGGCUUUUUUUUUUUUUUUGAAGUAUACAAUUUAGGCUCUAUUUCCCUCAUAAAGCUGCUGGGGCUUGGCUGGACAACAGUGACAGUCUAAUUCCUCUGAUUCUGAAACAGAUUUUAAACCUGAUAAUAACUCACCAUGUUGGGGUAAAAUGUUUAUGUAUUACACAUGGAUACAUGAACUUUGUUUUUUAAAGGUUGAUACCCUCUUAAGAGAGAUACAUUGUGAGGGGCUGCAUUUGUCUGAAUUUCACCUUCAGCUGGCCCCACAGCUGCCUGAGGUCAGGAAGUUUUCCAUGAUCCAUUUUUUGAUCCUGAAUUGACAAACUUGGAAACAGGUGAAUGGACUAUAUAAGCCUCCUGGACCUUGAAGUUGACCGACCACUCUUAGCCUAUGUUAGUAUGUUAGGGAAACCUUUUAUUGUACAUGAAGAUUUGCUGUGACAUUUUGACUGUAUUUUGUGGGCUUCUGGAAACUAUGCUAUUUUCGUUUGUAAACUGCCCUCAUCCUUCUCAGUUGGAGAGUUGAGGUAUCUAACGCAGGGGAUGCAUUACUGGGGCUUUACCUAUAUCUGCCUUUCUUUGGCGAAGUAGGUGACUCCCAGCAUGUAUGUUGUAGAUGCAUGAGGUCAGGGAAGGAUACUUAGCAACCUCCGGAAGAGAUGGGCUUCUUGGUAAAUAUUUUUUGAAUUAUGAUAGAGGCAGACAUGGAAAACCAGCUCAGAGCUUGGCCUUUAUAUGCCUCUUCUCCUGGAAGUAAAAUUAUUCUGUGAGAGAGAAGGCCUUGGACCAAAGCUUCCUGAGGACUUGAAUAUAUUUUACUCACUCUCUUUUAUUAAUUCCGUCACUAAUGUGGUAUCUGAAUACAGAUUAAAAGCUUUAGGAGGCCUCAGCUGUGGCAGGACUCAGAACCAUUCCCCUCUGGCAAGCCAAAAAGUAUUUCUGGGGGACACACAGAACAUUAGGAAAUCGUUAACAGUAGGUAAGAAUUACCUAGAUGGGAACUUUGGGAAAACUCACACACACUUAUAUUUACUUGACACCUAUCACCAAAGACUUAUAUUGAAGACCCCGUUCACUGAUUUGAUUGAUGCCCACAGAAGCUCUGAGAGAGAUGUUAGGAGCUUAGUCUCGACAGUGGAAACACGUACUGGGUUUGGGCACUGAUCCUGUAUACUAGGGAUGGAAUGUGUGUGUGAGAGUUCAGAAGUGUUCUGUGUUAUCAUUUGGCCUUAGGAAGAUGAAGGAGAAGACAUCACUAACAAGUGAAGUAUAAAUCUCGGUGGGAACGAGGGACCCCCUUUUAAAAUGUGAAUGUCUUUGGUCCUGGGUCCACUGAAAAUAAUCAUGUGUCACGGUCAUGAUGCUAUCUCAGAAACUCUGUAGAACAAAGUCCCCUGUGAAGCCAAAAAGAAGUCAGUCCCUUUCAUGCAGUUGUAACUCUUCCAUGACUUGAUUCACUUUACAAUGUUCUGUUAGUGAAUUUUGAUGAUUCUCACCCCUUGUGUGAGAAUGUACAUACUUUGGAAAUUUGAAUCUGUCCAAGCAAGCCACCUAUGGACUUGGAGUUUUUGCAGAAGAGUUCUAAACUCAGAGCCCAAUCCAUGGUUCUGGUUCUAAACCUUCUCACUUGGGGUUUCCUCAUACUUGCCCCAGACCACAGGGUAGCCUUGUUUCUGAGGGCAGCCUGCCAGGGUGAAGGUAAAGAAGGUGGUGGGCAGUAAAUGCAUUGGAGGUUUUCUUGCUUCUGGUGUUUCAGAACUCUUAGAUUUUUCACAAGAACCAGCAAAACCAGGAGAGGGGGAAUGGAGAAACAGGCCUAAAACUCCCUCCCCUUAUGUCUUUUCUGACUUACCACACCAUUUGGGUUUGUCCUGGUGCUAUGGCCUAUCACAAAGGACUGUUUUAAAAGAGAAACAACCUACAGCCUUGGUGGACAAGUCCUCAACACCAGCAGUCAAGUGUGGACCCUGAUCUAUUUUUGGGGACAAAGGAUGAUACUGCCUAGUGAGAUGAUGCCACCAUUGCUAAUGGGGGUGCCUGUACUCAGGAUGUGUGGAAACUCAGUCCUGAGGGGUUUCUACGCGGUUUAGUUAACCUAACUGCAUGCCUGACUUGGCAGAAUGGAGGUGGGCAAAUAGUGCUGGAAGGAUGAGGGUAGGCUUUGGGGGUAAAUCAAGUCACAAAGCAGAUGCCUGAAGGGCCCGUACAAAGGUUAGACAAAGUUAAAACUGACAGUUCCUUAUAUCCUUUUGCAAGAAGGCUCUAGGGAAGUGUAGUUGGAAUGCUUCUUUUGAGAUUUUAAAGUGCUCAUUUCUUUUCCUCUUCCUUUCAUCCUUUUUUUGGUUGAAUAUUCUCUAAAGACAAUCAGAGGCCUGCUAGGGUGGGACUUCUGGCUGGUUCCAGCACUGUCCUUGGGCCUCUUUCUGAUACUGAAUUGUUGGAACCGAUGCACUUUGUUUAUGCUAUCCUUUUUUUUUUUUUUUUUUAAGCUGCUUGUUUGGAACAAAAUGAAAUGCAUAUUGCAUUGUAUCCUUCCUGCUUGCUGUUUUUCUCAAUUUUAAAAGUUAUGCGUUGAGGAUAAAGUAUAAUUAAGGAGAAAUAUGCACAAGAAUACCUAUUAAAAUAACUACCAUCAAGUUUGAUGGGUAUAACUUCAAGGGAUUAAAAAAUAACUAUUUUGGAUGAA